AUGGCUCCAAAUCUCGAGGGCUUGCCCAUAGAGACUGUACAGCAAGUCGCAUCUUUCCUAAGUCACAAGGAUAUCAGAAACCUUUCGCUCUCAUGCCGCUCGCUUCGUUCAAAGCUGUAUCGGCUAUUAUGGUCUCGUGUUUUAAUCCAUGGUGGUGAGAAUGAUCUAGCACGCACGCUGAAGACAUUCGACAUCGAAUCGGAACAUGGUCGUGCAAUUCUUGCAUUCAUCAAAAAGGCGACCAUUCACAAGGACAUGGUGCGCCCUUUUUGGCACGCUGAUACAUGGGAUGCACUGAAAUACGAUGUCGAUCCUAUAUUCAGCACUCCGAUACCACAAGCGAUCAUGCAGACUCUACAGGCCAUGACCUCCCUUGAGUCGUUACAUCUUAAUAUUCUUGCAUUUUCAGCGCAGCAGGAGCUCGCAUUUCUAGAUCUCCUGCAAGCAACACCAGACAUUAAACUCCAAAAUUUGACCAUUCGAGCUGUAUGCAAGGUUGCGAAGUCAUUUAUUCCGAAGUGCUCGCAUGAUCUUAGGUCCCUGGACACGUAUGAUUGCAAGAUGUCUACAGGUAUAUUCAAGUCCAAAAAACUUGAGAAGCUUCGGAUACAGUCUCAAUACACUGCAAUGCUUGGCCUGCACCAUCACCAAUCAGUCUUUAUUCUCGGGGACCUAAUGGAAAUGCCGUCGCUACGCAACAUCAGCAAUCGUUUCCCAGCCCUCAAGACUCUAAUUCUCCACGAGACCAGCAGAUACAAUGUAGAUCCAGCUACCGCCGAUCCGACCACAACGAUAACCAUUAUCGUUAACACGUUGAAGAAAAGAUUUGGGCAUCUAGAGCGUCUUGCCUUCAAUCUCAACUGGAUAGAAUUUUACAACAUUGUUUUCGACGAAAACUUUUUUCACGACCUAGUAACGCGCAUUGCCAGGGAACACCGUUCGUUACAAGAGGUGAGGCUCAGCUCAUGA